UCUCUCUCUCCUCUCUCUCAUUCACCACCAGCAUUCCUCCUCCUCUUCUCCCCACCCCCUCAAAAUUUCCCUUACCUCUUGAUAUAUAUAAUUAGCACCAUUACUUGCUCUGCUUCUACUUCCACUCACUUCCCAUCUCUCUCUCUCUCUCUCUCUGCUCUUUACAAGAAAAGGCACUGAAACUCUAGUGUCAACCUCAGCUGUUUCACUCAUCCACUCUACUCCUCACCAGCGCACGACUGUCGUUUCAAGCUCCAGGUGAAAAAGAAAAAGGGAAAGCGGAAAAGGAGAAUUUCAGGAGGCGAGAGAAAAAAAGAAUGCCGGGCCAGAACAUAAUGGAGGAGAUAGAUUGCGGGAGCUUCUUCGACCAAAUCGACGACCUGCUCGACUUCCCCAGCGACGACGUCGAGGCCGGGCUGCCCCCCAUCGACCACGACUCCUUCCCCUCCUUCUGGUCCGACCAGCCGCAGCCCCUGCCAGGCUCCGGCUCCGGCGUCGGCUCGGUCUUCGAAGCUCACCCCGGCUCGGACCUCUCUGCUCAUCUCUCCGUCCCGUAUGAAGACAUUGUCCAGAUGGAAUGGCUGUCCAAUUUGAUGGAUGAUUCCUUCUCCAGCGACCCCCUCACCAUCAACGACCAAGAUCCGUCGAAGGCCCAGCCGGUGAGCCACGCUCAGUUCCAGACCUCUAGUCCCAUAUCCGUCCUCGACAGCAGCAGCUCCUGCACGGACGAGAAGGCGGCGCCCCGCAGCCCCGAGGCCAUCAACCUCGCCCGGUGUGGCCGCGCCCGCAGCAAGCGCCCUCGCCCCAGGACCUUCAACCCGCGCCCGCCGGUGCAGCUCAUCUCGCCCACGUCCUCAGUCGGGGAGAACCCGCAACCAGUCGAUUCGGAGAGCCAUGUGGAAUCCCGUCCCGUGAUCAAGAUCCCGAGACAGGUCAAUCCCGAGCAGAAGAAGAAGAAGAAGAUCAAGUUCACUAUGUCGACAGCCGCCGCGGCCGCGGCCUCGGCCGACACCAGCCAGAGCUCGGCGACUGCGCAAGCAGUCAGGAAAUGCAUGCACUGCGAGAUAACCAAGACCCCACAGUGGAGGGCUGGGCCCAUGGGGCCCAAGACACUGUGCAACGCGUGCGGCGUGCGGUACAAGUCGGGCCGGCUCUUCCCUGAGUACCGCCCCGCGGCGAGCCCCACGUUCAUCCCGUCAUUGCACUCGAACUCUCAUAAGAAGGUCCUCGAGAUGAGGAGCAAUGUGGGCGAUCCGGAGGCGAUGGCCAGUCCUCCGGAGCUGAUUCCGAAUCGCGCCGUUGAAAUGGAGUACAUGUGAGGAAGGACGUCCAGAAGGACAGCGUUCCUCGUCGAAAAAUACGUCUCUUUCUUGCGGGAAAUUUCCUCAAGUCUCAUUUACAUUAAUUGGGUUAGCGUCAUUUCAUUUCUUUGUUCAUUGGUUAUUGUACAGGAAGAGAAAGCUGGCGGGGAUUUAGCGCAAUUAGGCGAUCCGUGUUAUGUAGUUUGGGUUGGACAAAGAUGGAAGCUUUAAAGGGUGUUUUAGAGUCGUCGAUGAUUUUAGGAGUAUUGGGUAGGUCUUAGCUAGCGUCAUUUAGGAGUUUCUAGUGCUGUUUUUGGUUUUUCUACCUUUGCAUAUUCCUUUUUUCAGUCUUUGUUCCUUUUCAAGGGAAAUUCUUUUUGCAGUCUCUACUUGUAGUCGAAAAUUCUGAGUUGAGCAAUGAAAUCUUGCAGUAUUCCCUCUUAUAA